ACAUUAUAGGGUAAUAUUCGAACAUGUCCUAUGCCAAACAAUGCAAACUUCGCAAUGUAAUGUGAAACAGCUCAAACAAACAUACAAACGUGUAUUUUUUAUAUACGGUAUUAUAUAAUGUUCCUGAAACGUUGGUGUAAGAUUAGAAUGAGCUGAGAGCUUCUUGAGUUUCGUUAGAUGGAUGCGUCUGGAUCACAACAACUGUUCGAUGACUGGGAUGAUAUUAGUGACUCGGAAUUUCUCAACAUCCCUUCAGAGCAACAAAGCAUAGAGCCCCAGUGUCCUCUCAAUAGCGAAACCCAUGAUGAACACUUUGAUAGCCCCUGUGCAUCCACCUCAUCAGCGCACAACAGGAAUGAAGAGCCUUUGGGACAAGAAACAGUAAAAACAGAAAAUGCAAAGGGUUUAAAAAGAAAGAGCCUCCAUGAAAACAGCUUCAGCCCAAUGCAGCGUUUUUUUAAGCGCCAUCUGAGUGUGACCCUCCUGUGCGACCAGUCUUGGUGUGAGAUGAAGACUGUUUACAGUCUUUUAAAGCCAUUUGUCAAGAGAAAGGAAAUGCAACGUGCUGAGGUGCAGAUUGGAAAAGAAAUUAAUUUAUCAAGAGAACGGGAGAUUCAGGACGUUGUCCCUGUACAUAUAUGCACUAGAGAAGACACAGAAGCCAUCAAACUUCUCAACAUGUUGCACAUGAUACCGCUGUUGGAAGCAGGAGAUCGAGUGCGAGAGUUUCCUGUGUUUGGUGUGCAGGAAGGUGUUUUUGUCAUGGGGGUCAUUGAUGAACUCAUGUAUAACCAGAAGGGGGAGCUGGUCCUAAAUGAGCUCAAGACACGCAAACAAAACUCCUUGCCUAGUUCUGCACAAGAUAAAGUCAACUGCUUCCAGGUUGGCCUAUAUAAAUUACUGUUUGAUGGACUGGUCAGAGGGGAAGUGAAGAAAGACCAUGUUUUAAAUCACCUUAAACUACGUUCAUCUCAAGUACUUGGAGCAGGAAUCCAGGCCCAUGCUAAAAGCAUUGGAGUCCAGGUGACAACCUUUGAGGAAGUGGUUGAUGCUCUGCUAAUAACUGUGUCAUGUUCUGAUCUUCCAUGCGUUGACCUGCUUCAGAUUGAAUACUAUCACCAAGGCUCUAGUGGACCCAUUGGGACCAGAGUUGCUCCUUUCGAUGAAGCCCAAAUACGGGCAGAGCUUCAGGGUCAUCUGACCUACUGGAAAGGUCAGAGGGAACCCAAAGGGGUGGACAUAGAAGAGGCUUGGAAAUGUAGAUCAUGCCUUUAUGAAGAGACUUGUGAUUGGGCAAAGAAUAGAUUGCAAGUAUCUGACCAACAAGCAUCUCAUUCUAGCUCUUAACAGAUAAUACAAACAUUUGUAUGUGGCGACUACUUUUGUCAUGUUAUUAACGUUUAUACUUUUAUUAUGUUUGCUAUUUAAGUCUUUCUGUUUAAAAUAUGCACAUAGGAUGUGAAUAUUAUUGUGCAGCUCUAUAAUGACUGUGAGUGAAGCAUUGUGAAUUCAUAAUGCAUAAUGCAUAAUGCAUUUUUUUUUAUCAGAAUGGCUUUUUAAUGGAAGCAAGCUGAAAGCUUCCUCACUUUAUGUGCAUUAAGAAUUUUAGGCCACUUAGCUAGUGGAGCGGAUAUGUGUUUUUCAGUAGGCGAUAACUUAAGUCAAGUGUGUCUGAUAUAAUGCUGAUAAAAUACAUAAUACAUUUAAAGGAAAGAAAUUACAUUGGAAAUUCUUAAAGAGGUAGUUCACCUAAAAAUGAAUAUUAUCCCAUGAUUUACUCACCAUAAAGCCAUCUUAGGUGACUUUCUUCUUUCAGACGAAUACAGUUGGAGUUAUAUUAAAAUUGUCUCUUCCAAGCUCUAUAAUGGCAGUGAAUGGCUGUUGAGAUUUUGAAGUCCAAAGUGUAUCCACCCAUCAUAAAAAACACUCGACAUGACUCCGUGAAUUGAUGUGUUUGUGUUAAUAAUAAAAAAAAAAAGUAUGAUUUUGAUAUAAACCAAAAGGAGACUUUUUUCUUUGCUGUAAAAAAAAAAAUAAAAAUUGCAUAAAGUUUUAAAUAUGGAUGUUUUUCUUACACAAUUGCAUUGAUUUGCUUCAGUCAUAUACACCAGGGUUGCCAGGUUUUCACAACAAAUAGUAAAAGUAAAUCAUGGGGUUAUUUUCAUUUUUGGGUGAACUAUCCCUUUAAAUUAAAAUACAUUUGCAUUAUUUUUAUAAUAAUAAUAAUAAUAAUAAUAAAAUGGAAUCCUAAAAUUUAAGGUUUCAUUAUUAUUAUUAUUAAUACUGCUGCCUUUUAAAGCAGAGAUUAACUAGUCAUUAACUAGUCAUAUCAUUAACUAGUCAUAUGUGAUCCUGGACCUCAAGUAGCACUGGUAUAUUUGUAACAAUAGCCAAUAAUACAUUGUAUGGGUCAAAAUGAUCAAAUUUUCUUUUAUGCCAAAAUCAUUAGAAUAUUAAUGUUUUGUGAAAACAUUUUGUAAAUUUUGUAAACCGUAAAUAUAUCAAAACUAAAUAGUUUAUUAUUAAUAUGCAGUGCUAAGAACUUAAUUUGGACAACUUUAAAAGUGAUUUUCUCCAGAUUUUCAAAUAGUUGUAUCUCAUCCAAAUAUUGUCCUAUCCUAAUAAACCAUACAUCAAUAGAAACUUAUGUAUUCAGCUUUCAUGUAUUUGAAAAUUGGCUCUUAUGACUGGUUUUGUGGGCCAAGGUCACACACACAUAUAUAUAUGUUUGUCACUAACAAAAUAUAUAUUUUUUUGGUGAUGAAAUGUGUGCCAUUAGAUGGUGCUAUUUUACCAUUUCUUGUUAACUGAAUCACUGAAUGUUUAGAAUUUAUGCUGAGCCAUAUCUGUAACAGGAUAAUAUGAUACCCAAUCUGAUAACUAUGACAUUAUCGGUCUACAUUUGACAGCUGCUAAUAUUAAAUCAGUGAUGCAGUGUGCCAGAGACUGGAAAUGCCAUAUUUUGAUUAGCAGAUCUCUCGCAGUGAUAAUCUAGUGUUGAUACGGAGAGCCUUGUUUAUUUCGGCCUGAAAUUUCAUCUGCACUGGCACUGACCUCAGCACUGCCGUUCUCUGUGUGUCGUCACCGGCCGCAGGCCUUGGAGCAUGUCCUUGUUAUCAAUAUGACACACUGAGACCAUGAAUGACACAUCUGGCAUUUAAAAAAAGCCAUACACUCCCUUAGGGUGCUCCCCAUCUAAAUCACACAAACAAUUUAGUCAACCUUUACAUUCAAUGUUUGAAUUUGUUCCUAGGCUGUUGGAGCAACCUUUGCAUGGUAAAUAGCCAUAAGCUGUGUUAAACAGCCUCUGGUGGCUUGUUCAUUUUAAUAAUGAAUCGACUCAUUCCUCUUUCCUUCCUGCUUACCUCAUAAUACGCACACAACUGACUGCAAAUCUCAAUACAGAAGAGGCUGCGUUCUAAUUUGAUACCGGUAAUGGUUUUACCGGGCUUUGCCCAUGCGCAGCCAUUGAACACCCGUGAGGCUGAGAGCAGCCGUUAUUAGAUUGUGUUGGUUGAGGUCUGGUCUAAUCUGCUAGUCGAUAGGCUAAAAGAGCCAUUCCCAGUGCUGUGUUUGCUCACGGCUGCACUAAAGCACGCCAUCUUCCUUAACAAAGCAGCCAUAGGAAGCUGUUGUAUGGUCUGGUCUGAUGAAGUCACUCAGGCGCUAAUGACCCCUCAUUCGAGGCUCUUAAAAGCACUCGCGCUCACUCGGUCUCUAGUAAAGUGCUUCAGCACUUCACUUCAGCCUUUGUAAACUCAUGUCACCUGGCAGAGGAGCACUAAUGUGGCCCAUCGGUUCAUGCUCUGUUUGUGUUGCUCACUGAUUUGCACCAAAGUCGAUUCCUGUCUCUCGUGAUCAAUAGGACACCCAAUAAAAGGGGCUCUGAAUGGUGAUUGCAUUAGGGCACGGACAAAAAGAAGUUAAAAGGCUCCAUUUCUCCUUUACUUAUCAUGUGAGAAAAGGGUUAAAUGAUACGUAAAUUUAAGUGCAAACACGUGGGUGAUUCAAAUUAUGUGCGUGUGAGAACUAAUGCAGGUAUAAAUUUGUCAGGACUUUGGAAUCAUUAAUUUUGCAUUGUGAUAUCGUACAAUGAUGAAUGUCAUAACACUGGAUUACAUAAUACCCUGUAGGCAAAUCAUUCUUCUAGGAUAUUACACAGAGUGAAUUUCGUACUGUACCAGAUCAUCUCCCUCUUAUGUAUGUGUGUGUGCGUGUGUGUGUUUAUUAUUAUUCUUAUUAUUUUCUUUUGUAAUUUAUUCUUGUGAUGGAAAAGAUUAAUUUUGAAUAAAUAUGAAACAUUUCA